AGCAUUCAUGAGACACGCCUGGUACCCUGAGGUAUGUAGAAAAAGCAUUUAAAGCUGUGUCUAUGUCCGAAUUGUGGAUUCUCUGAGUCAGCAACAAAUCUUCAGAUUUGGAUUAGGCCGAAUCAAAUCAGGGACAGUGAUCUGAAUUAACGAAUUGAAUCACUGUCCCUUAUUCGGGCCAAAUCCAAAUAGAAUACAACCAAUUUCACAUACCCCUAAUGCUCUGCUAAAAAACUGGAAAAGAAUGACUAGGGAUAAAAUUUAGCAGUAAUUUUGUGUAGGUGUUUUGAGCUGUCCUAGUAUCAAUGAGAUGGUAUGGCAUCCACACAUGCUACAGGUUAAUUUCUACUUUAAAAAUUCGUACAAAGUUUAAGUAAACUAGUUGUAUAAUAUUAGAUUAGAUCAAUUAGGAUGGUGAAGUUCAAUCAAAUUAAAUAUCAAAUCAUAAUAUGCUAUAUAGAUAACUAGUUUAUCUUCUUGAGAUACAAAAAAACACAACUAAUGAGUCUCACUUCUUUUACUUUGGCCCAGAUCUAUAUGGAAAACAAUAGCAUCCAUGGAUAAACUUCGUCGCAGGCAGAGAAACCAUUUACUUUCUACAUUGGUUUAGUAGGCUGAGUUUUAUCUUCACUCUGAGGUCACUUAGGCAAUAACUGGUUGUUCUUGGACCAACUUAACCAACCUCAUGUGCAUGAAUCUAAGAAAAUACAUUACAUAACAUGCUAUAAAGUCAGACUGUUUUUCCCCAUGCAUCAAAGGAUGCACACUGAAAAUAGAAAAUCUACAAACAACUUGAAGCAAACUUGAUACAAAACAGAUAUUUCACUGUGUACAAAUAAUAGCUCUCAGCUGAUAAAAAGGAGGAAAUUUUAAGGUUGUGUGCAAUGUUGUGAGAUCAUCUGUUGCAAGAGCACAGAGUUCUACCAGAAGAGUGAUUUUGGAUCAAUAAAUUAAGGGACUGGGGUAAAUAGCUGAGGGCAAUGUUUGCUAACUGCUAAUGAAAUAUUUUGUUCUUAACCCCCACCCCCCUUUUCAGCUUUUGUAGUUCCUUAGGGAAACACAAUUUUAUUCUCCACACCCCCAAAAUGCUUCUCUUUAGACCUCUCCCUGUUGGCAAGGAAAUGAUAAAAACAUAAUUAAGCAAUGAUGACCCUGAAGUGAAACGUGGAUUCUUUACAGUAUGCAGUGUCCUUCCCAUAAGCCAUAUGUGUUUGUCAGAUGUUUAUAGAAUCUUCAUUAACUAAGAGCUUUGCUAGAUAACAGAAGCUGAAGCAUGGCAUCAAUGGCUAAGAUAAGGGCAAGUGUACAACCAAUCUGCUUGACAACUGACAAGAGGCUGUGGUUUGAAGCAGGCUGAAAAAGAGCUCAAGAAAGUGAUUUGCAAAGGGCGUUUCAGUUGUUUGCCUUCUGUUUCCCUUUCUUCUGCCUCUAAUCAGACGAGUUCCAGUCAACUGGAAUAGCCCUGUCUUUUCUUCACCAUUAGAAAGUGAGCAUAGGGAAAAUGAACUAUUUGGGGACAUUUGCUGCAUUGUCCAUUUUCAACAUCAUUGCUUGUUUGACAAGAGGCAAACCCUUGGAAGAAAGAAGCAAGUUAUCAGUUACGGAGGAUUCUGAUAUAUACUUUGGUGAGCUGGGAGAGAUGGAAGGUGAAACGCAUCUCAAUUUUAAAACCCUACUGGAGAACAUGAAGGCAGAUUUACUGAGGAGUUUGAACUUAUCUAGGGUCCCUUCACAAGAGAGGACCAAAGAAGAACCACCACAAUUCAUGAUUGAUUUGUACAACAGAUAUGCCAUGGACAAGUCUUCCACCCCUGCAUCCAACAUUGUGCGGAGCUUCAGUACUGAAGAUGUUGUUUCUUUGACCUCAUCAGAAGAAAAACCCUUUCAGAAACACAUCUUGCUCUUCAAUGUCUCUAUCCCACACCAUGAAGAAGUCACCAGGGCUGAGCUAAGAAUCCACAUUUCCUGUCAUAAGGAUGCUGGCUCUCUUUCUAGACUGGAAGGCAACAUGGUCAUUUAUGAUAUUCUUGAGGGAGACCUCUGGGAAAGCCAAGAAGGCACCAAAGCAUUCCUUGUCUCUCAGGAUAUGCAAGAAUGUGGAUGGGAAAUGUUUGAGGUAUCUAGUGCUGUGAAAAGAUGGGUCAGGACAGACAGAUCAAAGACUAAAAACAUGCUUGAGGUUGCUGUUGAGAGUAAAACACUGGGUGAUUUCACUUGUGGGAAGCUGGACAUCAGUGUUACCCCUGACACUAAAAAUCUGCCCUUGUUAAUAGUGUUCUCCAAUGAUCGCAGCAAUGGAACCAAGGAAACCAAAGUGGAGCUCCGGGAAAUGAUUGUUCAUGAGCAGGAGAGUGUGAUAAAAAAAUUAGCAAAGAACAGUACUUUGCCUGAAGAGGAAGAGGAGGUAGAAGAAAAAUCUUUAUCCAUCACGGGGCUCCGCCAGCCUUCAUCCAGAAGCAAAAGAAGCACUGGAUCAAACCAUUGUCGGAGAACCUCCCUCCGGGUGAACUUCAAAGACAUUGGCUGGGAUUCCUGGAUCAUUGCACCUCAAGAUUAUGAUGCAUUUGAAUGUAAUGGGGGUUGCUUCUUUCCUUUGACAGAUAAUGUUACCCCAACGAAGCAUGCUAUUGUUCAAACCUUAGUGCAUCUCCAAAACCCUAAGAAAGCUGCAAAGGCCUGUUGUGUUCCUACCAAGCUUGAUCCCAUUUCCAUUCUCUACAAAGAUGAUCUUGGGGUGCCCACAUUGAAAUAUAACUAUGAGGGGAUGAAAGUAGCAGAAUGUGGGUGCAGGUAGUACAGGGCAGCAACUUUGAGAGUGAGAACACAAACCUUUCUCCUCUUUUGUAAAUCUGUACAUUAAUGGUGUAAAUGUAAAUCCAUGCAUGCAAACAGUCUUUUGAAAAAACAAAUGCUUUACCUAAUUAUAUUCAUUGUAAAUAAAUUGCAUAUAUCAUGGUACAAUUAAUACUGGAUUAAAUCCUGUGAGGUUGAUAGUCCAAUACAUUAUUUAAUAAUAGAUAACACUCCAUCCUGCGUAAUCUAAACAUAAUGAUGUUUUGCCAAUUCAUUUAAAUGCUCUGGUUGCAAACUAGAGGAUACUCAAAGCAGCCUCUAGAAUUUGGAUGCCCAACAGAAUUUAAUAGGAAUUCAUGAUCUAAAUACCUUAUGUAGGAUAAACAAUCUAUCAUGGAAUAAAAGGAAACUAAGCUCUACUGUGCAUCUGGUGCUCUUUGGUAAUUGCCAUUUGCACAUUUUUUCCUAUCAAUAGCUUAGUCCUCAGUGAAACUACUGUGUUUUCACGUCUAUUUAACACAAGGUAAGGCCAUGCAUGUAGACACAUAACACAUAAAAUGACUCUGCCUUCUUCAAACCAAUGGUAAAUUGUUUGUAUGUCUAUACCUUUAGUUAACUUUGGAAAACUCAAUUCUUAUAGAACUCAAAGAAUUAAGCACAACUGGAUGGUAAACUAGAUGCUGCAAGCCCUUAUUCCUAAACCAGGACUUUCAAGACUUUUUAGUAUAGGUGACUUACAACCAUGAGCAAAGGUUUGUCACAUUCCAGCUGAGUGUUUCAAGUCUUAAUUAUUUCCAGUGUUUCCUUUUGUGUGUGGCAGGUGCUUUUGUUGUAGCUUUCUUAUCCGCAUUGUCCCUAUUUUUACCGCUUUAUGGCACAUACUUGAAAGAUAAGAAGUGCAGCCUUCCGCCUUUAAGACACUAUUUCCUCUGAAGAACUGCAUCCCUUAUCUCCACACAGAGAUAAAGAGCCAUUUUGACCUACUGUACGUUCUUAGUAUUUCUUCAGAAGAAUAUGCAGUCAAACAAUGUUCAUAAUUAGAAGCUGCAUCCUGCUCCCACUGACAUUGCAGGGAGCUGUUGGGUAUCAGCAGUUUUGAAAAACAAGAUGCUUAUGUUGGUGGCUAAAUGUAUGCUGCGGGGUCUAACUUCAGGUUCCCAGCUUUCAAAACAUUUGUUAGUGAGAAAUAUUACUUUUCGUGCCUAAUAUACUUCCUGCUCUAACUGGAAGCUUAGAAUGACUGAAAAACCUUAGCUAUAUUUGGUGAGAUAUAGUAGUGGGGGUGAUGGUAUCGUUGUAUGUUCCUUCAAUUGAUAGGUUUUACUUUCAUUAAUCAGGGUCUUAAUCCUGAAGUCUUUAGUCAAUUUGAAUUCCUUUUGAUUUCAGUGAGGGUUUUGCCUAAAUAAAAACUACCUAAAAC